UCUCAACGAACUCUUCCCUGAACAAAUACAUAAACCGUCUGUUUUCAUCUUCUCCAUGGCCAGUUCUAGUAAUUUAUUGGGUAAGCGAAAGCCCGAAGAUGAUUUCGAGACCAAACCCAUUCUCAAGAAACACAAGGAAAUAUCCGAGGAGGAGAAGGAGACAACCGAAGAAUUUGCUGAUAGUCUCCACCAGGUCGAGUUGUUGGAGACAAAAUCUGAUCAGCCUAAUUUAAUCUCAGUGAAGGAAGCUGCCGUAAGAAAAAAGACGCUCUUUAUUGAGACUCUCCCUUACGAUACUAUAAUACCAAAUAUCAUCGAUUUCUUCAAAAAGGUUGGACAAGUUGUUCGUGUUCGACUUAUUGUAAACCUCAAGGGUACGCUUGUGGGCUGUGGCUUUGUUGAGUUUGCUUCUGCUAACGAAGCAGAGGAGGCGCUGCAAAAGAAGAACGCAAAGAAGGCGCUGGAAAAGAAGAAUGUUGCCGUAAGAAAAAAGACGCUCUUUGUUACCCAUCUCUCUCACCAAACUGAAAUAUCACAUAUCAUCAGUUUCUUCAAAGAUGUUGGAGAAGUUGUUCAUGUUAGACUUAUUGUAGAUUACGCGGGCAAGCAUUUGGGCGAUGGCUUUGUUGAGUUUGCUUCUGCUAACGAAGCAGAGCAGGCGCUGGAAAAGAAGAACGGUGAAUAUUUGCACGAUCGCAAGAUUUUACUUGAUGUGGCUAAGACAGCUCCAUACCCUCCACGACCCAAGUAUUGCAUAGAUCACAAGGUUUGGUAUGAAGACUACAUUCGACGAGAAAGCCUUCUGAUAGAAGAAGAUGAGGCAGUGGAAGGACAUGAUGAAACUCCUGAUUUUGUUGAGGAAGUUGCGGUAAGAAAAAAGACGCUCUUUUUUGCAAAUCUCUUUUACAGAAUUAGAAUAUCAAAUAUCAUCAAUUUCUUCAAAGAUGUUGGAGAAGUUGUUGGUGUUCGACUUAUUGUAAACCACAGGGGUGAGCAUGAGUGCUGUGGCUUUGUUGAGUUUUCUUCUGCUAAUGAAGCAAAGAAGGCGCUGCAAAUGAAGAAUGGUGAAAAUUUCCUUGGUCGUUUUAUUUUUCUUGACGUGGUUAAGUUAGCUCCAUACCCAAUCCGACCCAAGUACAACCUUGUAGAGAAGCUUUGGUACGAAGACUACCUUCGACGACAAUACCUUCUGAUAGAAGAUAAUUUGGAGACCAAACCGAAUAAGAAGAAACAGAAGGCACCUACGAUGAGCAGAUUCUGCGGUAAGAAGAUUACCUUCUCUUACGAUGACUGAUAGAAGAAGAUGAAGCUUUUUGAUGUUUUGAAACUUGUGAUAUUUAGGUAAUCUUGAUUUAUAACGAAUACUUAGGCAUCUUGUAGCAUUAUUGACUUUGAUUUUCAAUUAAAUUAACUCAAUUCAU